CUCCGACGCCUGCUUUAUCCUGACCAGUCCUGUACAAGUGCGUCUCAUGCACAAGGGCUUGAUUCACAGUUUUUUCUUGGCUCCAAGAUCAGACAAAAGUGACCCUGUGAUUUUUUGGGGAUCAUUUUCAGAAACUUACAACAUUCAACAACACACCAUCUUGCUUACUUACGAGCCUACCUACCAACAAUACCUUUUCAUCAAGACGUGUCAGUUCUGGACCACGUUUUUGUCAAACAACCUUAACAACCUUGCUCAAUAGGUAGGUGCGCGUGAACCACGAUACAGUCGUUCAAUCCUGAAACUCCACCCAAACACGCACACAAAACGCAAAAAUAUUUCCUCAUACCUUAGUUCUUCUCAUGCAAGUACUAACCAUAUGACAGAGUCAACACACUAUCUCAAAAGGACAGCACCUACACUCGGCUCAAAAUGCAUCCGCAAGAGCCUCAGUCACACGGGCCCGGCGCCCCUUCGUUUUCCGCCCGUCUCCAAGCAGCAACCAUACUUACCGGUAUUCUCUCGCGCCACAACAUACCACAUGCCUUUAUUGGCGGCUUUGCAUUCAACUUGCUUGGCACUUCACGCUCAACCCUCGAUAUCGAUUUGAUCAUCGAGGACUUCGCAUUCUCUCCCGGCCCUUCCAAGCCGCCCAAAGCCCAGGAGCCAAUCCAUCAAAUCCGGCAGCUGCUGGUCGAAUCGGACGAAAGAUUCUGCUUAGUAGGGAGCGGCAUGAUCCCAAAGCUUAUCUUCACAGCACAAACGGAAGAAGAGACGAGCCCGGUCCGGGUCCCUGUUGAAACGCUCCGCGCCGGCUCCCUCGGUUUACCUCGGCAUGUUAGUCAAGUUAUGACUGUGCACGGUAUUCCCAUUCUUUCUCCUCGGUUCCUGCUCCUCACCAAAAUCAAGCGCUGCACAAACUUUUUGGGGAGCGACCGGCCCAAGUCUGUAGCGCGCUUCAAAUCCGACGAGGGGGACAUCAAGCAUUUGUUGAAGUGGCUGUCUGAGGAGAACGAGAGAGUGGAUUUUAAGGGUUAUCACCAUGGUAGUACGGGGGCUGAAGUCGAUGACAAUGAGUCCAUGAAAACUUACGACAAUUUGAUCCAUAAAGUUGGUGAAUUGGUUCGGUUUUGGCACGAGAAAGGGGACGAGGAGGAGGAGACGGUGACGGGCUUACAGAAAGUAAUGGAGGAGGAUGACUGGAGGAGCGUUCUAGAGAGGAAACUCAGUAUUUAAGGUUGAGUUUGUUUCCAUGCCGAGGAAGUGAUACAUACUUAAGGUGGUCUUGCUUGUAAGUGUUAGUGGUAUGGAGUAGACCCUAACCAUUCUCCCGCCUAUAGCCAUCAAAAGCUGUUAGUGACUUAUACGCCUCCUUAUCGCAGCGUAUCUCUAGAGACAUAAGCGCCCUCCUCACCCACCCAAGACGGGACGUUGUACACGCACCAGUCCCUGGCGGACUAUCAAGGAUAUCCAGCCGGAAUCAGGCGGCUCCAGUUGGAGCGCGAGGACCCAUAC